AUAAUAAACAUGCCAACAUCCCCCAAACAAUUUCCUCAUCAAUAAAUUCAACAAAGGCAACAGACAGAACAAAACUAAACUUCAAUCAUAGCCUACAAACAUACCACAAAAAAUGGCCGACGAGAUCGCCCCAGCCCCAGCCUACUUCCCCACAUCCUCCGACUCCCCGCUCCAUCCACCCCAGGAACUCUACACCCGCCUCGCCAACCUCGACAAAUCCACCCUCACACAAACCGCCUCCUUCACCGUCCCUCCCCGCUCAGGAAAAGCAUGGAAGGUCCCCGCGGGCUCUAUUUUCCGCCUCUCCACCCCGGAGGGCCCCCAAGUAGGUGACCUCAACGUCUGGAACGCGAAUGAUCCCCGGGAGCGAUUCUGGGCUGCAAGGACCCGUCAAUUGCAGGGGACGCACGUGAGAGAGGGCGAUCGCAUGUGGAGCGUUCUGCCGUUCAUGAGGCCGCUCUGCGGGAUGAUCAAGGAUGGGUGUUUGGUUAAGGACGCGCCUGGGGGUGGCAGGGAGGAGAGGAGGACGGAGAGAGGUGGUGUGACGAAGUGGGGUGGGAGAUGCCAUGAUCUUUUGGGGACGAGGUGUGAUCCUUACGUUUCAAACAUGCUGACUGGCGACUCUUACGACUUCCAUUGCCACUCCAAUCUGACGAGGGCUAUCUUGCCGUUUGGUCUCACGGAGUUUGAUGUCCACGAUGUGCUGAAUGUCUUCCAAGUCACCGGCCUCGAUGAGGAGGGUCGCUAUUUUAUGGAGGCAUCGCCGGCAACUCAGGAAUCUUUCAUCGAGUUUUUCGCUGAGCAAGAUCUUCUCUGCGCGCUGAGCACUUGCCCAGGAGGUGAUUUGAGUGCUUGGGGCUGGCACCAGGCGGAUGCAAGCAAAGGUGGAGACAAGCCAGAUAUGAAGUCGACUUGUCGACCCAUCAAGGUCGAAGUCUACGACAUCAAGGAAGAGAACAAGGCUGAGGCACUGAAAGGAUGGAAGCAGCCCGAGCGAAGUGCAUACAAGGGCGUGCACGGGAUGAACAUUCCCUUGGGCGAGGAUUGAAAAAGUUUCCUAACUUUAGACUCUAUUAGAUAUACAAAAUAGACGAUACGUUCUAGAGCUUGCUCAAACUCUGGCUCCCUAUCAUCUCGCCUCCGUCGAGGACGAGCGUAUCACCGUUCACGUGAGCUCCCGCUCGACUCGACAGGAACACUACCGCCGCGGCGAUAUCCUCUGGAUGUCCGACUCUUCCGCUCGGAAUCGCUUUGGCCCAGUGGUCAGCGCUUCCUUUGCUUUCAAUGAGCGCGUUGGCCAUCUUCGAAGGGAAUAUUCCAGGUGCGAUGCCGUUGACGAGGAUGUGUCGACGACCCAGCUCUACGGCGAGGUUUCGUGUGAGAUGUAGGACGGCGGCUUUACUGGCAGCGUAGGAAUACGCUGCAAGCUCUCCCAAAGAACCGACUGCGAUACCUGCUAUGGAUCCAGUAACAAUCACCCGCGAGGGCUCCUGCAAACUUGCUUUCUUCU